AUGGAGACCGUCAUGGCUCCAGAGGAGGCUGCGGACUCCUUCGUGCCAGUGCGGCGGCGGGCGCGGAAGAGACAGGAGCGCCUCAUGAAGGACGACGCUCCGUACUCUGCGGGAAAAGGCGACUCUGAGUCAAUGGACAUUCUUCAGCAUGUGGCAGACGAUAUCACGCUUACCAACGCACCUGACGAAGAGCAGGAAGCAGAUGAAGUGGAAAGUGCAGCACCUGGCGGACACAGCGAGGCCGACAAGACGCAGCACGAAUCUUCGCCCUCACCGUCCGCAGCGUCAUCGGCUUCGCCUUCUGGCUUGUUGCACGGCGGGAAGCGAAAGGAACUGAAGAAGAAACCAGCUAACACAGUCCGCUAUGAAGUCCGUCGGCUACUCGUGCCGCCCCACCGCAUGUCACCUUUGAGGAAACAGUGGACGGAGAUCCUGGAGCCUCUCGUGACACAUCUUAAACUGCAGGUCCGCAUGAAUCUGAAGCGGCGAUGUGUCGAACUCCGCACGCGCGUUCCGGGAGACGCGAAAAGCGGCGACAUGAAACAGGCAGGAGGACUUGGCAGCCUACACAACAACAGUUCUCUUCUGCAGAAGGGCAGCGACUUUGUCCGGGCCUUCCUUCUGGGCUUCGAAGUCCGCGACGCCAUCGCGCUGCUGCGCCUCGAUGAUCUCUUCAUCGAAUCGUUCGAAAUCAAAGAUGUGAAACGCCUGAACGGCGACCAUUUGAGCAGAUGCAUUGCGCGGCUGAACGGGAGAGAAGGGAAAACCAAGUAUGCCAUCGAAAACGCAACCCGCACACGACUUGUGUUUGCAGACAGCCGGAUUCACAUCCUCGGGUCCUUCGAGAACAUCAAGCUCGCUCGCCACUCCAUCUGCUCCCUCGUCCUCGGUGCGCCGCCUGGAAAGGUCUACAACCACCUCCGCACUGUCACUCGGCGGCUGGCUGAGAGGCUCUAA